AUGGACAGCGCGAGCGCUCCGAGCAUGGCUUUCGCCGGACCCUCAAGCGAAGCCUCCACUCCCGCCGCCUACGACGAAGACAGCGCUCGACAUUUCGCCGUCACCGCCAGCCAAGUCCCCAAGCCCACUGGCAGUAUGGCUCCCCCGCCGCCAAUGUCCUUGCCAUGUCCUUCGCUGGAUUCCACAUCAAAGGAUGGGAAGAGCUUAGGCAUGCGCUUUCACGAGGACUGCCAUGAGACCGACCUACCCAGUCCGCGGUUACGAUCGAGUCGGCUAUUCAAAGGCAAAGGCAAGGAAGCAGUCAGUGUGGAGAAAGAGCAGAAGAGGCCGCUACAACUGUUAGAUCUACCGGUGGAUAUUUUGAAGGAUAUUGUGAAGGAGGUCACGCACACCAACGAUCUCACCUCGCUCGCGCUAUGCCACUCUGCUCUGCACCGGCUCACCAUACCUCACAUCUACUCGCGCUUCGACAUUGUCUGGCCGGAUACGAACACGCAUGCAGAGCCGAGGUCAGGCGUGGAUGCGCUCACGUAUGGGUUGGCGACUCUGGUCAUGGCAGAGGAAGUGUUUGGUGAAGCACCAAAUCAGAGGCAGAAUGCUGGGAAUCGAUACGCUCCGAAUGGGCAGGGCAGAGCGUCCGAGACGGCAGUACGGCGAAGAAGAGGGAAUCACUAUGCGCAGUUCACGAGGAAGUUCUCGCUCGGCAACGGACCGGCAGACUGGGUGCAGGAGUAUCUGAUCACAAAGGAGGGCGGGAAGAUGCUGGGAACUCUGGUCGCGCUGGCCGUCGCGCGCAUGCGCACGCUUGAGACGUUCAUCUGGGACAUGCCGACAGGAAUACUGCGCGAUGUCUGGCUGGCGCUGUCUUCGCUCGGCGAUAGAGACGACGGACAACCCUGCAGGCUUGAGAAAGUCUGGGUCAGAUGGCAUGACAACUCUUCUUCCGAGAGCACGAAUCUCAUACCACCGACGCCUCCACCUAUGAACCUCAGCAUUCUUCCAUCCGCACAUCCUUCUUCCACCAAUCCUCCGACUUCAGCAAUACCACCACAAAUUCAUCCCGCGGCGCUAGAUCGGGUGGAGCACCCGUCAUUCUCUGCCCUUCCGCCUCUGAAGAGCCUGAGCGUACUCGACGUUGACGAGCUCGCUUAUCUCGACGAAAUGGCUGUGCUUAUCGGCAGGUCACUGGACAAGCUGCGAGAAUUGCGGGUGGGUAUCGCGAGACAUGCCAUCAGCAGAGAAUGGGUCACAGUAUGGGAGGGCAGUUCGCUUCAGCAGGUGGACCCAGACUAUCCAGCUUUCGGAUCCAUGACCAUUGGGGAGAAACGCCAGGGCGGUGUGCUUGGAACAUUGACUGGCUUCGUCUGCGACAUGCGCAAGCCGAAGAUGGCACUUCCAGACCGGUUAAAGCGCCGUGCACCCAUGAACACAGGCUCGCCAUCAAAAUCUCCACCGCGACCACCUCAGAUCGUUCCGCCUGCGCUACAAGUCGAUUCGGAGCCAUUGAUCGAGCAGAGCAGCGCGUUGAGCGGCAUUACCAGCCUUCGAGAUGUAUUGCCUGACGUCCCUACCAACGAUCCUUCUUCAGGAGGGCCCCUUCUGUCGCCACUGCAGACAACAUUCUCAUCAGACUCUGCUUACGAGAACGAUCCUCUGAUCGCGCAAAGCAGUCACGCAUCAAGCCCAAUGCGAUCGCCAAACACAGAAACCCACGAACACUCCAUCUUCGGCUCAGCCAUGCAACCCGACCUCGUCCCACCCAUCCCCGAAACCUCCACGGACGCCCCCGAACCCGACCCCGAAAUCGAAUACCUCGACCACACCUUGCACCUCGAAUCCCUGGAACUCGAGCGCGUGCCCCUCUCCGUCCCGGUCCUCCAACGCGCCCUCGACUGGACCCGCCUCACCUCCCUCACCCUCCUGCACUGUCAAAACCACGAACAACUCUGGAAAACGCUCCGGCGCACCUUCGCCCCGCGGCCCAAAUCACCGACAUACCCGCAUCCGCGACGCACCCCCAACAGUACUCCCCGAAAAUCGGGCAAGCUCUCCAUCGGCGGGAGCGAUAUCGAGAUGGAGUACACGUUGAACCUGAAGAAAAUCCACACCAACACCGUCUCCCCCGCGCUGAUAUCCUUUCUCAAGGAGACGCUGGCGCCGAAUAGUCUGCAGGUGCUUUUCCUGCAAGAGGCGCGGAUGUACAACUCGUCCGUCUCCGUGGACCAGAUCUUCAAGGGGCCGUUGCGGAGACAUCGCAGUAGUUUGCGCAAACUGCUGAUCGAUAGUUCGGAGAAGGGGGCGGAUGGCGUGCCGACGAAUUCCAGUCGGUGGAGGCGGUGGAUGCUAACGAGGGAGAUUCUGGGCUUUGUCUGUAGUGGGAAGAUGCCGAGUUUGCGGGAGUUGGGCAUGGCUAUUGAUUACCGGGACUGGCACUUCUUCCUCCAACACCUCCCCUCCAUCCCCCACCUCCGAUCGCUCAGCAUCCCCUUCCUCGCCGACCACGUGCACGGCCCCACCGUCGACCCCCGCGAACUCGCCCUCCAAAUCGUCGAUAUCGUCGCUCUAAGGCCAGAGGUGGAAGUGUGUUAUAUGGGCAUCGCGGGGAAGUGUUUUGAGAUUCUUGAUCAGCGCCGUCCGUAUAGCGGGAGUUGGGAUGGGGUGGGGAGGCCGGAGUCGCAUUUGGGGCAGCACGCCGUCGAUGCUGGGGACGCGGACGAGGACGCCGCUGCUGGUAGUGAAGGGGAGGAAGAGGGGGAGGAAGAGGCGGGGGACGACGACGCCGAAGACGAAGCGGCGCAGGCUGAAGCGGACGCGGAGGCAGAGACGGAAAGUGAAUCCGACGACGCCGACGACGACGCUGAUAGCGAGAGCGAAGGGGAAGAUGGUGGGGGAGGAAGCAGGGGUGUGAGGUUGCGGUUGAGGGAGAUUCUGUUCUAUGAUGAUAAGGUCGCUGUGUUUAAGGCGAGGCAUGGGCGGUUAUAA